UUAUCUGUUAUGUGCAAAUGUGUAAGAAAUGUUCCAAUAAAUGUUCCUACAGCAGCAAUAACAACACUGCAAUUAAAUAAACAGCCACUUCCUAAACAACCUAUUCCAGAUUUAAAAAAUACUGCUGAACGUUAUUUAAGAUCAUUGAAACCACUACUUAAUGAAAGUGAAUAUAAUGCAACACAAAAACUUGUUUAUGAAUUUAUUGAAGAUGAAAAUAUUGGUUCCAAAUUACAUAAGAAAUUAUUAAAGAAAUCAGAAAGCAAUGAUAAUUGGGUGAGUGACUGGUGGUUGAAUACUGCUUAUUUAGGGUAUAGAGCACCAGUAAUUGUAAAUUCUAGCCCUGGAACAAUUGGUCCACACAUUGAUUUCAAAUGUUCUAAUGAUUUAUAUGUAUUUGCCGCACAACUUAUAAAAGCUGUACUUGAUUAUAAUGAUUUCAUUAAGAGUGGUAAAAUGAAACAAGAAAUGAGUGGUGAUGUUCCACUUGAUAUGCAGCCUUAUGGAAUGAUUCUUGGAACUCAUAGACGACCUAAUAAGGGAACUGAUCAACUUAUACAUACUGAUGAAACUAAUCAUAUCAUAAUUAUAAGUAACAAUCAUUUUUUUAAACUUUGCAUUGUUAAUGAGUUGGGUCUUGUUAGUGAGAAUAAGCUUGUAAAUUCUAUUAAAGACAUUGUGAAACGUUCAUGUGUGGAAGCAAAACCAGUUGGAAUUUUAACUGGAAAUGACAGAGAUAUAUGGGUAGAGGAUUAUAAUUUACUUUUAGAUCUAGAUAUGGAAUGUUUUACAUUUAAUGAAUUUGGAACAAAUGAAAUAAAAAAAAUUAAAUUAAGUCCUGAUAGUUUUAUACAAAUUGCAAUGCAAGUUACAUUUUACAAGUUACAUGGAAAACCACCAGUUCAUUACGAGACUGCAGCAUUAAGAAGAUUUCAAAAUGCACGAACGGAAUGUAUUAGAUCCACUAGUAUUGAAUCCAUAGAUUUUGCAAUAGUUAUGGUUUCUAAUAAUUUAAGUAUAAGUAAGGAAAAAAAGAAAGAACUGAUGAUUAGAGCAAUACACAUGCAUAAACAAAUUGCCAACAAGGCAAUAAUUGGUGAAGGUGUUGACAGACAUUUAUAUGGUUUAAAAAUGAUAGCCAUGUGUGAUGGAAUAGAUCUUCCAAAAUUAUACAAAGAUAUAGGGUAUACAAAGAGUACAUAUUUUACUCUGACUUCUAGUCAGGUACCUUACAAAAGUGCAUCUUUUAUGUGUUAUGGUCCAGUUGUUCCCGAAGGUUACGGAUGCUGUUACAAUCCACGACCAACAGAUAUUCUUAUUGCUUGUUCUUCUUUCAAAUCAUGUGGAGAUACUAGUUCAAAAAAGUUUGCAAAUAUUUUAAAGGAGGUGUUGCAUAAUAUGAUAAAAUUGGGAAAUAAGUAA